UUACAUUGCCCUAACGGCCCUGCAUAUAAAACACUCGAGACAUGAAAAUUAUCGAAACUGGGAACUUCCUCAAACUAUCAACUAUCAAACAUUUAAACAUUCAAACUAAACGACUAGAGAAGGAAAAUGGCUGAAAUUGAAGACUUGAAGCAAUCAGUAGAACAACAAGAAGAAGAAAUUGAGAGUGAACAAAUUGAAGGAUUUAAAGAGACAAUGAAGCCAUGGGAGCAACAUUCUGCAGUCAUAAGCAUUCCUCGCUUUAAUUACAACGCUCCUUCUAUUCUCCUUCGACAUUCGCAUACUGGCUUUCUUAUUACCUGCCCUAUUAAGAGGGAGAAGAGUGCUACAAAAGAAGCAAUAUCCAUCCUUGGAAAGUAUAUUGUGCCUAGUAGUAGUGAUCACUUGAAUGGGUCCGAGUCUAGUGAAAAUGUAAAGAAAAGGAAAUUAGACACGGUCCAGGGAGACAAUGCUACAACUACUGAAAGUGAGUUGUCAAAAGUUGAGACUCAAUCUUCUGAAACGAUGGACAAUUCUGUCAACGAAACUUCUAAUCUUAAGUUGGUGAAGGUGACAAGAAGUGGUUUGCUUCUCUUUAUUUUUUCAAAAGACAGUUUGUUUGAUCCAGUCAGCAUAGUCUCUGAUAUAAAUCAAUCCUUAGAAUCAGGAGCACUGAAACGACCACUCUGGUGUCAUCGAAUUCUCCCCAUUCAAGCUACUUGUAUAUUGAAUGAAAAGGAAAUUAAAACUACUGUGUCGAAGCUUGUUCUCAACUAUGUUGAUGACAAAAGCAGUAGAUCUUCUACACCUCUAAAGUUUGCAGUCGGCUAUAGUAGAAGAGGAAUCGAGGAGACCGAGAUGAAAACUGUGAAAGAUAAGAAUAAUGAACCGAAUCUAUGCGAUUUGUUAGAUCGGAAUAAGUGCUUCUCUACUGUAGCUGCAGCUGUAAAAGAGGUCGUAUCAGAUUCAACUGUGGACCUAAAGUCCCCUGAGCUUUCCAUUCUUAUUGAACUUCUUCCGCUAUCUGGGGUGCCUAAUGGUUCACUAAUAGCCGCAAUCUCAGUCCUUCCCCGAGAGCUUGUCAGCACCAAACCACGCCUUUGUGUCAAGGCUUUGGUCUCUGAUUCCAAAACUAAGUAAAAGUUUUACUCUACUCCCAUUAUUAUAGCCGCACAUGUCCUUGCGCUGGCUGGAGCAUCACGGCAAGGCUACAACCAAGAACCAGCAUAUCAUUGCCGAAGUCUCAUUCAUAUACUCAAUCUGUUAGGUAGGUUGGUACUUGGUAGGUCUAUACUUAAUUUUAAAAAGCGCACCCAAGGCGAUCUUUAAAGCGCCUCCAAGAGUCCAGGAGGUGACCAAGAGGCGCGCCUUUCUCGCCUCAUGCACCUCAAUAUGGAUGAUUGAUGUAUAUCUAUUUUCCUCAAUUUUUUGGUCCCAAAAAACUAUCUUUAAUCUUUCUUUGUAUAUGUAGUUGAUAGUAUUACUAAUUUUGCCAUAUUGUAUUACUAAAUUUGCCAAUUUUUCUCCUCAACCAAGUUCGUAUC